UUCUCCCCAGGUUCACCAGAGGAAACACCACUUCACAAAAUGCUUUUCCUCCCAGCUGCUGCUCUGUGCUGUCUGUGUUCAGCGCUGGUUGCCAUGGCAGCACAGCUGAUUCAGGAUGAUUUAACAUUGACCAGGAGAGCUGGUGAAAAUGUGUCCUUCAGCUGUCGAGGAACUGAGCAGUGUAUCAGUGGUUCAUUUGUAGUCUGGUACCAGAAGAAAGACACAGAAACAUUCACAAGGAUUCUGUACAUCACGAGUAGUGGUAGAGUAGAUAAAAAUUAUUUCAAACAUCCUCAGAAAGAUGAUUUCUCAGCUGCAAAGAAUCAGACCAUCUAUGAGUUGCAGAUCCAGACAGUUCAACUCUCACAUUCAGCCACCUACUACUGCUCCUGCUACUUCAUCUUUGGCUCUGGUACUAAACUGUUUGUAGAUGAGCAGGUAGUGAAGCCCGUGGUGAGCGUGUACCCAGCAGCAUCCAGAGCCCACCUGGAGGGGAAGAGCUCCCUGCUGUGUCUGGCCUCAGCCAUGUUUCCUCCUCUGGUCAAGUUCUCCUGGAAAAGACAGAAGAAGAACGGCCCACUGGAGGAGCUGACCUAUGCUGAGAGAGAGCAGCUGGAGCUCAGAGAGCCAGGACGCAGCGCCUCCAUCCUGCUGCUCCAUCAGCAAGAGGACAGCACAUAUAAAUACCGCUGCGACGUCAAGCACGAGUGGGGCACAGUGAAGGCCCAAACAGAACAAGAGGUUCCAGCUCCAGCAGCCUCCUGUCCUCCAGAGAGAGAGCCAGCAGACCUGCCAGCUCUGCAGCAAGCUGACUUGCUCUUCCAGUCUCAGUGCAGGGUGCUGCUGCUCUGUGUGCUGUACACAGUGCUGAUAGUGAAGAGUCUGGUGUACUGCUGUGGACUCUCUCUGCUGAUGAUCCUCAGAAACUAGGGACCGUCCACCAACUGCACACAUGCUGACUGACUGUUUCCUGCUCGCCUUUUCUCACCAUCACAUCUCAUCAAUUCAUCUCAUUCAUCACUUUGAUCAGUCUUCACAAAUGUCACUUAUGAUGUGUUGUGCUUGUUUUUACGUUUUCUCUCUUCGUGCACAAGUUAGAUACAGUUAUGCUAAAUAUAUAAAUACAUAUAUACACAUUUAUAUUUACCUUAACAGUUACUUCUUCAGCUCAGAUUGUUUGAUUCUUGCUUUAAACUUUGACAUGUGUACAGAAAAUAAAAGCAAAUACAGAAAAUAUAACUUAGUUUUUAGUUCUUUACAAACCUUUAUUAUGUUUAUUGUUUAGUGUUUAAUGUAUUCUGCAAC